AAAAAAAUUACGAGAAUUUGAAAGUUUAGAAAUAAUCCGAAUAUUUGAAAAAUAGUUAUAAACUAGUCAUCUUAUGUGAUAAAAUAUUAAUUUUCUAUGUUUUGCUAUUUAUAGAAUGUAUCAAAUGUUUUGCACGUUUAGUUAAUUAUAUAUUUUUUAUGUUGAAAUUUUUAUCAACUUUGCGUAAUAUUUUUAUAUAAUACUGGCCAUGGAGCCUGGUGAGAAACCUAAAUCUAAGAAAUCUGAAUAUAUUGCGCCCUUGUUGGCGGGAGCCCUAGCCGGUGUCUCUGUAGAUGUAGCCCUGUACCCGCUGGACACACUCAAGACACGGCUGCAAAGCGAGAAGGGGUUCCAGAAGUCCGGUGGCUUCAAAGGUGUCUAUAGAGGACUCUUGACAGUGGCAGCGAGUUCGAUGCCCACCACAGCGUUAUUCUUUGUAUCGUACGAGAGCACCAAGAAGGUUGUGUCACCACUGUUACCCGUACAGUACGCCCCCAUAGUUCAUAUGACAGCCGCCGGUAUCGGAGAAGUUCUAGCGUGCGUUAUCAGAGUGCCGACAGAAAUAGCGAAGCAAAGGAAACAGACGCAUGCGGGCAUCGCUAAGAGGAGCAGCGUUUCUAUAUUACUAGAGGCGUACAAAACGGAAGGCUUUCGCAAGGGCCUUUACAGAGGCUAUUUGUCAACUGUCGCCAGGGACCUGCCUUUCAGCUUCAUCGAACUGCCCGUGUGGGAGCUGAUGAAGAACAUGGUGAAGAGUCACAAUGACGGGAAGAUCACCAGUUUUCAGAGCGCCCUCUGCGGCUCAGUAGCCGGCGGAUUUGCAGCCGCCGUCACAACUCCGCUGGAUCUCGCCAAAACGCGUAUAAUGUUAGCGGAGCACUACACUGUGGCGCGUAAGCUGCGCAUAGUGCCCGUUCUCUCCGACAUCUACUUGGAGUCCGGCCUUAGAGGGCUCUUUGCGGGCGCAGCGCCCCGGGGCACCGCUUUCAUGCUGGGCGGGUUCUUCUUUUUCGGCGCUUACGAUUAUUGUAAAGCGUUCGUUGAGGAAGCUUUGGAUAGAUAAUGUUGUGUGUGGUUGCUAAAAUGAUGUAAUGUAGUGUUUUUCGUCGUGAAACUAUCAGGAAGUGCAUAUAAUUAAAUAUGGUGUUUAGUUCUGAAAGUUACCACUAGGUAUGGCGCCACUAGUGUUUUAACAACUAGCGCAGGCGCCGUUGUGUUUUUAAUUCCUAAAAUGACCACUAGAUGUCGCUUUUGAAUACAAAGGUUCAUUUUAAAUUCUAGCAAGACUCUUUUAUUAAGGAAAUUGUAAUUUGGCAUUAAUAUAAGUAAAUAUUAGACUUUGCGGGCGUAGCGCCCCGGGGCACCGCUUUCAUGCUGGGCGGGUUCUUCUUUUUCGGCGCUUACGAUUAUUGUAAGGCGUUCGUUGAGGACGCUUUGGACAGUUGAAGGUUGCUAAAAUGAUGUAAUGUAGUGUUUUUCGUCGUGAAACUAUCAGAAAGUACAUAUAGUUAAAUGUGGUGUUUUAGUUCUGAAAGUUUUGAAUGUAACAAGAUGCGCAGGCGUCAUUGUGUUUUUAAUUCCUAAAAUGACCACUAGGUAGGGCGCCACUGUGUUUUUAGUUCUUCUUAAGCGCUUACGACCAUUGCAAGGCGUUCGUAUAUUAGAUUGACAAGUAUUUUAGUAGCUAAAAUGACUUAUUAGUGAGGUGUUUUAGUUCCACAAAUGAACACUAGGUAUGGCGCCACUGUUGUGUUUAGUUCCUAAAAUGACCACUAGGUGGGGCGCCGCUGUGUUUUUUUUAUUUUCAAAAAUGAUCACUUCUCAUGGUGAUUUGGUGAAUUUAGGUGAGAUCUUUAAAUAAACGCUAAGUAAUGGUGCAACUAGUGUUUUUUUUUGUUCUUUAAAUGACCACUUGAUGUGGUUGUUAUGUCUUGUUAGUGGACAUUUUAAGAAUUUUGUUAUUAGUUUAAUUUUUAAUAUGAAGGUUGUGAAGACAGUAUAGGAGGGUAGAUAACGUGUAAUAUAUUUUAUUUGUAGAAACGAACAAUAUGUACCUACAAUCAUUUUAAAAUAACUAUUAAAUAACGUUGUAGCCGUACGUUUUUUUUAUUGUUAUAUGUGAUUAAGAUUUGACAAACUUAACGGUGCCUGUGUGAAAAAUGGUACGUACAUGAGUACUACAUAAUCAUAGGAUUUUUUAUUUGUGUAAUAAAGUGUAUUUUAUUCUUGUUGCCAUUAUCAAAGAUAAGUUUCCCUUUAUUUUGGUUCAUGCAUUUAUCUACAAUUUCUUUUAAAGUAAAUUUCUAAAUAGUUGUAAAAUAAUAUUAAUAAAUUAAGAAUUAUUAAUAUUAUUGUACAACUAUUUAUGAUGUCGGUUAAAAAAUAUGUUAUAUAUUUUUUUUUACAAAUAUGGAAAUUUACUGUUUUUGUUAUUAAGAUUUUAAAGUUUAAAUAUGUAUACCACUAUGAUUUGGUUAUAAUUUAUGUUUUGUUGCUCUGAGAAAAUUCUGAUCAAAACAGUUGAUAUGUUAUUCUUUUGAAAUACAUAUUAUGAGGAAUUGUUUAAAUUAACCUAUGCCAAAAAAGAAAACCAAUUGUAAAUAAUAAUUUUACAUAAACACCGAGUGUGCCU